CAUGACAAGCCGAAUUAUAAUAUAAUUUUUUAUAUUUUAUAUCUAUUUUAAAAAUCAAACAUUAUUUAGAAAAAGAAAAACAAACCUAAGACAAAAUCACUUCACCCGUCAACCUUACUAAAAAAUGCAAAAUUGGUAAGAAACGUAAGGCCAUUUACCACGAAGGCACCCAACCGAAGCGAAGCAGUUCGGGCAACAGUUGCACUCCGUCUUCCUCUUCAACUCUCUAUUCUAUACAAUGUCGGAAUUCCGUUAAGACUCUAAGGGCGGGGGAGAAUGUUAAGGAAUCUCCGAUAUCGGCGGCGGCUACGUUACGGCGCACAGGUAUGCGCCGUGAUCUCUGCUCUCCUCCUCUUAUUUUCAGUCUCUCUCCUCCACAUCCGUCUUUCUCUCUCUUCCAAACCCCACAUCUAUCCCCACGUCUCCUCCGUAGACGAGAACAACGACGUAGUUUUCCGAACAUAUCCUCUCAUCUCCGACGAUGACGUCACUACCAUCACCUCCUCCUCAACCGACAACAAAAUUGAUGAAUUCGACACCCUCGAAGAAAAUGACACCAUUUUAACUGAAGAAGACAACAACGAAAUCGAGCAAGAAGAAGAACAAGAAAUCACGACAAUGAAUAAAAAAGACAAGAUCUUUUCAUCUGGGCAUUUUUAUUUCGACCAUUUAAGCGGGUCAAUUAAAAGAGCUUUCAAUAAAAGUUCGAUUAAAGAUUGGGAUUACGAUGGAGGGUUUAUGAACGAAGGUUUUUUUGGAGAAGAUGUUAAAGUUAAGGCCGCCUUUGGAUCCGAUGACAUCCCAUUGGAUGAGGAAGUUAGGAGGAAAAUGAGUGAAGUGUUAAGUGUUGAAGAUGCUCUGUUGGUGAAGAAAGUUGGUGGGAAAAAAGUGAACCCUUUGAGGGAGAAAUGGGGUGAUUGGUUUGAUAAGAAAAGUGAUUUUUUGAGAAGGGAUAGGAUGUUUAAGUCGAAUUUGGAGGUUUUGAAUCCGUUGAGUAAUCCUUUGCUGCAGGACUCAGAUGGGGUUGCUGUUACUGGGUUGACUAGAGGGGAUAGACUGGUGCAAAAGUUAAUUUUGAGUGAGUUUAAGAAGGUCCCUUUUACUGGGAAGAAGCCAUUGGGGGUUUUGGAGACGGGUUCAGAGGAUAAAAGAGGCGGCGAGAGUAAGAAAAAUGAUAAUUUGAGGAAUGCGUCAAGCAAAAGAGAAAAUAGUAGUAAGAAUUUGAGUUCAAGUACAUAUGGAAAUGAGAGUAACGAGAGUAGUAGUAAGAGGAAGAAUGAGAUCAAGAAUGUAGAUUUAGAGGCUGAUAAGAGUAACACUGAGUUUUCUGGUCAUAUAUAUGCGGAUGCAAACAGAUGGGGUUACUAUCCUGGAUUGGAUCCAAGGCUGUCUUUUUCGGAUUUUAUGGAUGCAUGUUUUAGGAAAGGUAAGUGUGAUAUGAGAGUUUUUAUGAUGUGGAAUUUCCCUCCGUGGAUGUAUAGUGUUAGGCAUCAAAGAGGGCUUGAGAGUCUGCUUCCUCAACAUCGAGAUGCUUGUGUCAUGGUGUUCUCUGAAACGAUUGAGCUUGAUUUUUUCAAAGACAGCUUUGUGAAAGAUGGUUACAAAGUUGCUGUAGCAAUGCCAAACCUUGAUGAACUGUUGAAAGAUACACCCACGCAUGUAUUUGCUUCUGUGUGGUUUGAAUGGAGAAAGACAAAGUUUUAUCCUACUCAUUAUAGUGAGCUUGUACGGCUUGCUGCUCUUUACAAAUAUGGUGGCAUUUAUAUUGAUUCUGAUAUUAUAGUUCUUAAACCAUUAUUGGCACUCAAUAAUUCUGUUGGCCUGGAAGAUCAGCUUGCUGGAAGUUCUUUGAACGGAGCUUUAAUGGCAUUUAGAAAGCAAAGUCCCUUCAUAAUGGAGUGUUUGGAGGAGUUCUAUUUGACGUACGAUGAUACCCAGUUGAGAUGGAAUGGGGCUGAUCUUCUAUCAAGAGUUGCAAAAAGGUUUUUGAACAAAAAGAACAUAUCCAUCAAACAGCCAGAGUUGAAUGUGCAACCUUACUUUGUUUUCUUCCCAAUUAGUUCUCAACAUAUUACAAGAUACUUUGUUGCACCGACAACAGAAACUGAGAACGCACAGCAAGAUGCUUUAUUCAAUAAGAUUCUGGCCGAAUCAGUGACAUUUCAUUUCUGGAACAGCUUGACAUCUGCUCUCAUUCCAGAACCGGGGAGCCUUGUAACGAGGCUUAUGGAUCAUCUCUGUAUUCAUUGCUCUGAAUUGUUGUGAAUUACACAUCUCUCCUCAGUGCUGUCCGAGAAUUGAUCAAAGCAUUUCUCUUAACCAUCAGUUGCAAAAUCUCUUGCUCUGUGAUAAUUUAAGAUUCUGAAUUUCAUGUUAGAAAUUCGUAUAGUUGUGCAAUUUCUAUAAUUGUAGUCCUUCAUUUUUGCUAAAUGAUUAGGCUGCCCUGCUAAUACAAAAUCUUUCCUUCUUUUUUUUGUAAUUUAUUUGUCUAUUAGGUUCAGUGGAUGAUGUAAUUUUGGCAUUGAGAGGCAAAUGGUACAUCAUUUUCAGGCAUGGGAUGGUUAACGAAUAAUAAAAUUUUGUACAUAUUACACUUCUAAUCCAUGGCAUUAGGCCCAAAGCAUCUUCUUUUCACAGGAUUCCACACCCAUUGAACCAAAAAUCUUCUUCCCUUACCUCGGUUCACAUUGCACCCAUUCCCCCAGAAAUCCUUGUAAACUUUACCCACAUGCCCACCGCCAGCACCAGAACCAUACAAACCUACACACAAAUCUGCAAUUUCUGUAGUUGCAGUUGGAUCAUCUCGAGCACACGAUACGCUGACCAGUGGAUUUCUUGACACUUCUGCUAGCUCAUGAGUUUCUUUUACUGAGGACUUGAGUUCUCCAAAUUUAGACAUUUCAUGAGAUUUUACUUUGUAACUGCCACUUCUUUGAUAAAAACUGGCAACUUUGACAAGGCCAAUGAAGUAAUGCAGUGUCUGAUAAGGAGUUUUGCUGAAGCUGGGAGGUUAAAGGGGGCUGUUGGGAUGGUUUUCGAGAUGCAAAAUCAUGGCUUGAAGCUAAAGGCUGAAACCUUGAAGAAGGUUUGAUGAAAAGGAUUGAAGCCUAAUGUGUAUGUGCAUACCGCUUUGAUUGAUGGGCUUUGCAAGAAAGGAUAGACUGAGAAGGUUUUUAGGUUAUUCCUUAAGCUUGUUAGGAGUGAUAAUUACAGGCCGAAUGUGCAUAGUACACGUCUACGAUCAGUGGAUAUUGCAACUAGGAGAAGUUGGAGCGGGCAGAGAUGUUGUUGAGCAGAAUAAAGGAGCAGGGAUUGGUUCCUAACAUCAACGCAUAUACCACUCUUAACGGUGGGCAUUGUAUGAUGGGAAGGUUUGAACGAGCAUAUGAAUUGAUGAAUGUAAUGGAUAAAGAAGGCAUUGCUCCUAAUAUAUGUGCAUAAAAUGCAAGGGUUCAAGAAGCCCAUGAACUGCUUAGAGAGGGCCUUCUACAUGGUUUCCAAUCUGAUAGAGUUACAUAUACCAUUCUCAUUACUCAGCACAUCCCUGCAAGCAGGCUGAUACUGAGCGAGCUAUAGCAUUUUUCAGUAAGAUGGUAGUUGGCCUCCAGCCUGUUAUGCAUUCAUAUAACACAUUGAUUGUUGCAUUCCGUAGGAAAAAGUGAAGAAGCAUUGAGGCUUGCAUUGGUUCCAACCAAGGAAACAUAUCCAUCCAAGAUAUGUGGGUACUGAAGAGGUGGAAAUAUAAGCUUGGGACUCAAGUUUUUCAACAAGAUGAAUGACCACGGUUGUGUACCACGUAGCAUCACAUAUGGAACUCUGAUCAGUGGACUUUGCAAAGAGUCUAGGUUGUAGGAGGCGUGCCAGUUAUAUGAGACUAUGAUGGACAAGGGGCUCUCUCCAUGCGAAGUAACACGGUUGACAUUAGCUUACGAGUAUUGCAAGAAAGGUGAUUCUGCCAUUGCCAUGAUUAUGUUGGAAAGACUGAAGAAAAAACUUUGGAUGUGGACGGUUAGCACCUUGAUCAGGAAGCUUUGUAGUGAGAAGAAAGUAGGCAUAGCUGCAUUAUUCU